GGGAGCCUAUCUUGCGCAGACUGGGUACUGUACAUGGCCAUUGAUGCUGCUGGAUGGAUGUAGCCCCCUGAUGUAAAUAAGAAUGGAGAGGGCAGCGGGUCUAACAUGUCGCGUUUUCUCUGCUUGACAUCGGUACAUUUUAUGCCACCAUCAGGAUUUUCGCAAACGCGUGGCCCUGUUUUUCCUCGUUUUCAUCUGAAUCCUGCUUUGACAGCUCGCCUGAUGAUUUCCAUUUGACACAAGAGCCAAAGCAGACGGGCGGCUUCUUCUAAUAAACACUUGGGAAAAACAGGUCAUUAUGACCUUAGUAUCCUCCAGGAACAGAAAACCAUCGGAUUGCUUUCACGCGGCAGCUGUCUGCUUGCAUCUUUUGCUUUGGAUUUCGUGUGCCGUGUCCGGAGAGGAGGAUCAUCAUCAGUUCAGCGUUGAGGUAAGACAAAUGGCCUUCCCUACCUCCCUGGUUAUCAUAUGUGACCGAGCGCUCUCCUCUACAUUAUCUACCUCAGCGUUAAAAAACAUACACAAGCGACAUAUCGACUCCCCACGCUAUCCGUGGGCUCGAUUACCAUAACGCAUAACAACAUGGAUGCAUUGUAAGCCUAUCAGGACAGCUCACGCACUUCAAAACGAAAAUAUUCCUGGGACGAUGCUCUUUUUAUUGCACUGCGGGUCCAUGAGCUGAUCCAGCCCACUGAUCCCAAAUGUGCAACCUAGAUUUGAUUGGGCUAUUUUAGCAAAGAUGCCCCACAGCGUGAUGUUUCCACAGUUAGAUUCAGUUUAAUGACAGGCCAGCAUCAAUUCAGACACGCUCUGGCAGCAUCAUGGGGCUGGAGGAGAUUAUAAACAUUUAAAGGCACAAGUUGCAUAAUAGGAUUUGUUGUUUUUUUGUACCUUAUUAAUUGAUGUCAUAUUCAUCCUCACCUCUGGCUUCCCUCCCACCACUCUGAAGAAAUUAAAUGCUGAGACUCACAGUCUCUCUCCUUCUCUGCCUCCCUCUAUCUUUCUCUCUCUCACACACAGACAUCAUUAUUCAAUUUUUAUGGCUCACUGGAAUGUGCCUGAUAUCUCUCUGAGAUCUGUGCCUUUGAACAAACACAACACACACAGAAAACACACCCACAGGAGAGAGAGAGAGAGGAUAAAAAAAGGGAUAAACAAGGCGUUUAGCUCAGCAGAAAGAGGGAUACAGGCAGAAAGGGGGAGGGAUGGACUGUAGAGACAGCUAGUCAGAUUAGCUAGCUGGAGCUUUUCUUAUAGGCUGAGCGGUGAUGGGUGGGCAGCGGGUUGGCGUGCAGUCAGCUGUGGAUAGCGUGGGCACCUCGUGGCCUUCGGCAUCAGGGUUGAGUCUGCCUGGCAGUGACCCUUACAUGAUGCUCGGUCUCACCUCUGUGCUCUGUAUAAAGCUGACCUCUCGCUUUGUAGGACAAGAGGAGGCAGGGCCACAGUCCUGCACAUGUACACAGACCGGCAGCCGCAAGACACGACAACUGACUAAGGUCACUAAAGGGGAUUCAGAUGCAGAGAGGUGCACUGCUGUGAGAGCCUCUGAGGAAAAAACACACAGGCGAAUUUUAACCUUAACCCCUGCUGGAACAAUUUAUGCAAAUUAUAGACUAUUAACAUGUAAAUUCCACUUCAUUUAAGCUUGUAAACAUGAGAUUACACAUCAGUGCACAUAAUCCAGUUCAUUUUGGUGCAAAACAUUGAUUGAUCGCAACGAUUAGUCACUUAACUGCCUCUUAUGAGAUGCAGAAUAAUGGAUACACCGCCACAUUGAUUUUUCUGAUUGGAGCGGCGAAAGCGAGGCAUCUCAACAAGCAGUUCACUGUCCUGUUUAACAGCCGCUGUUGUGAUGCCCUUGAAUAAUUCUGAAAAAGCAAAAUGCAAUGUGGAGUUUCUUUGCGUACUCCUAGAGCAAAAUAUGAAAGCUGAAAAUGAGGGUUGCAUGAAGAAAUCAAUCAAACAGAAAAUAAAGGAGAGCCAGAUUGAUGGUUGAAGCCAGAACAAAGUUUUUAAGUUUGUAUAGACACAGUUUCUCACAUCUGAUUUGUCAUCUGCACAUGAACAAGCAAAGAAAAUGCAAAACACAAAUUGUAGUUGGAGAAAACUGAGGAGGUUUGAAACAGCAAUUUACACAAUUUUAUUAAAUGUGUACUAUUUUCGAGUAAUUUUGAGCUAUCACAGAUUAUAUAAUUUCUUUUUUCUGUUUGCUCAAAGAGAAAAGACCGUAAGGACUUAAAAGCCACCCACUUUGAAUGCAUCACACGCUCUGAUCAUAUGUGUGAAGUGUAAUGAGUGACUCACUCAAGAAACUUGCAAAAUGCCCAUGUAUAACAUCCUUUCUCUUUGCACGUCAUCUCCAUCCCCAUGUCACAUUUUCUUCACACUUUCCAAGAAAGGCAGGAGUCCAAAAACAGAUCUUAAAAUAGCCACGGUAUGAAGGCCACCAUCUCUCUCCUUCUGUCCCCUGCAGGGAUGGCUACAGAGGUAUGGCUACCUUCCCCGCACAGAACCGGGAAUGUCUGUCCUGCGCUCGGCCCAAACCAUGCACUCAGCCAUCGCCGCCAUGCAGCGAGUCUAUGGCCUCAAUGUCACAGGGACACUGGAUGAAAAAACCAAGGAGUGAGUACGCACACAAACACACGAAAACGCAAGCUGUGUCCGCGCACAGCUGUUAAUGAACACACUAAUGCAAAUUCUGUGCUCAUUCAUUUAAAAUGCAGCAGGAAUGGUUAUCAAUAUUUCAAUGAAUUAGCACAAGACAGAAAUAGAGAUGCUCUUUUCACCCCCACCGUCACCUCGUCUGACACAACCUCAGGCGCAGGUUUUAACUACUUCUCCUUCUUCUCAUUUUGCAUGAUGAUGCAGUGAUAUCACGCUGAGGUGAGGAUAAAUGUUUUGCCUACGUAUUAUGUGUUUUUUUCUGUUCUUGUGUUAAUCAGAUGUGGUAUGAAUGAGAACCACUUGGAUUUCUUUUGCGCCCCUUCACUGGGGGUUUUGAUCACACACCUGUAUUAGUGGCUGUAGUUUGGAGUAGUUUAGUUCUAUUUUGCACAGUUUUUCUGCUCUGAUUACCUGUCACCUGUCAGGAAGAGAACCACUGAGUUCACUUCGGUGCUUCAUGUUGUCUUGUGAUGGUGUUUGCCUGUGAACGUUUAUAUAGAAAACAUGAUUCACCUGAUUUUUUUCCGCUCUACUCUUCUCUUUUCUUUUGUUUUCAUCUUGAAGUUGGAUGCAAAAGCCUCGCUGUGGAGUCCCGGACAAAUUUAAAAGUGUUUCGAGGUCGCGGAAGCGGAGAUACGCGCUGACAGGCCAGAAGUGGCAGCGUGCACACAUCACCUACAGGUGAGAAAUAGUGGAGGCAGUUGUCAUAGCGACCAUUGACUUCUUUUUUUCCCCCCCAGUUCUCACUGUGAUGCUCAAAUGUGCCAUUGUUAAUUUUCACAGCUCUUCUCUGUCUCUCAUCUCCUCCGCCAUCACAUGCUUUGUAUUGUCAUAGAGACCGAGCAUGUACGUCACAUAUGUGGGGGCACUCACGAAAAUAAAGUUAGCAUCACACAUCUGAGGUAACACUUACAGUACAUACACACCCAUGUGUUGCUGUGAGUGUGUGUACUUGCAGUGUAUAAAUAGCGCGCUUGGAGAAAGGAAAACAGGCUUUUUGUUUUUUUUAAAACCUUCUUCCAUUUAUUCUUUUCAUUAAAAACAAAACAAACAGUUUUAGCUGAGUAGUAUGAAGAUUGGAGGCUUUUCUCUCCCUCAUUUAAAAAUGUUUAAAUUGUCCGUAAUCUCAGUAGAAAUACUCAAACUCUCAUCUUAUCUCGCCUGAUUAGCUCCAGCUUUUAAUGGGUUCUGAGGAGGACUGAUAAACGCGUCUCCAGCACAACCGCAAAUUGACAGGUUACAGCAGUAAUAGACGAUAACGCUGUCAAUUUAUUCAAAUCCUUCCUUCCUCCACGAAUUUGAAUUGAUGAGCCACCUCUCCUAAUGGAAUGUCAAUCAGUGCUGAGCCAGUGCUGCUGCUGCUGACUGCACUUUAUUCAUGAAAAUGAGUGGAGAGAGAGAGAGAAGGAGGGAGAAGAUUUCCCAUUCCUCUCUGCCUGCCAGGGACUGAUAACGACUGCUGUGUUAAAAGUUCACUAAAAAGCUGCCAGGCUUGAAAUAGUUGUGUCAAGUGCAACUUUUCUUUUUGGUGUCUCCUCAUUUUGAAAAGUUAAAAUUGUUCUCUUGAAAUUAAUGGGAUAAUGAGGAAGCGUGUACUUUACUUCUGCUUCCCUUGUAUGUCUCCCCCCGUAGUUUUAAACAAUGUCAACUCUUUCGCCUCUGUGAACUAGGGCUGCAUGAUUAAUAGAAUUCAUCAAUUUCAGUGUUACUGCACCUGGAUGGAGGCCUGAGUAUAAUGGCGAUGCUUUCAAUGCAGCCAUCAGCUACCCACAGAGUGAUUGGUGCCACUUAAAAAUCAGCUUCCUCAAUUCACGAUGAACAGAGCUAAUAUUAAAUCCUCAGUAUGUAUCUAUUUAUUGCACUUGGAUCAAAAUUAAAGCGCUUUAAAAUGGCUAAAUCUAUUCGCUGUUAUCUACCCACAGCAUUAAAAACGUCACGCCAAAAGUGGGCGCUCGGGAAACCCAUGAUGCCAUCAGGCGGGCGUUUGAUGUCUGGCAAGGUGUGACUCCCCUCCGCUUUGAAGCCGUUCCAUACAGCGCCCUGGAGACUGGCAGGCGGGACGUAGACAUCACCAUCAUCUUUGCUUCAGGAUUUCACGGCGACAGCUCACCUUUUGACGGCGAGGGUGGUUUCCUCGCCCACGCCUAUUUCCCCGGCCCAGGCAUCGGAGGGGACACGCACUUUGACUCAGAUGAACCCUGGACACUCGGGAACCCCAACCAUGAUGGUGAGUGAAAGAAGGGGCGGGUGCAAACUUUGAUCUUAACAGUGAGAAAGUGGUUUUAAUGGGUAAAGAGGGGGACUGAAAAGCAUAAGAGAGGAAAUAACGACUAAAGAGAUUAUGGUUAUGGGGGAAAAGUGGGAAGAAUGGUCUUCAAGCGCACAGUUUUGGCAGGUAAGUAAACAAGUGUGGGCUGAGAAAGAAACACAAAAAAGGACAGUCACCAGGAGAAACAGAUAAGAACUGAUGGAAAGCAUAGAUUGGAAAUACAGAUGGCUAGGCAGGAGGGCAAUAUGACAGAGAUGGUAUCACAGGGUGUGAGGGAUGUGAAACCAAAAACAAAGAAUGCAGAGACGUCUUUGAUUGGGCUGUGCUCUGCAAAGACGCAUAACCCCAUCUGUCAGGAUUUUGAUGUUUUUUUCCUGCAUAAUAAGCUCUUCAGAUGACAGGAUAGAAAGCUCUGCUAUUUUAAGAUGCUGGUUGCUGGCACAUGAUUAUGGCCACUCUGUUUGUUGUGAAUUUGAUGUAUCUCAGUGGUAUGCUUCAACGGUGGAAACAUAGAAACUGACAGACAACCGCCUGAUAUUCAUCUAUACCAUAACUAAUGUAAAAGACAUGUAAAGUUAUGUUUUGAUUUGUGUUUGUAUAUUUUGUUACGUUACCCCGAUGUAAUCACAGCAUCAUCUGCAUAUCGAAUGAAGUUAAGGCCACUUUAAAGGGUUAUAUCAUCUUACACCGUGUUACUCUGCUGUGCUUGAUAUUGCCGGUGUGGUCAUGUUGGCCUUACUCUGAGUACAGUAGAUUAGGUUAUGUUUAUAAUUUUAAUACAUGUGUUUCAGUUAAUGAGAUGUUAUAUGCUAAAAGUGUUUUUAUAUUGUGUUAUAUUACUGAACAAUAUAAUUCUGUUCCUGCCAGAGGAUGUUAGCUAUGAUUGUUUUGUAUUGUUUACAUUGUUAUGUUAUACUUUUGUUAUGUUAUGUUCUGUUAAAUAACAUUGUGUGUAUGUGUUUUUGCUAUGGUAUGCUGUUCAAUGUUACUCUAUCUUAUGUUACAUAAUGCUUUGCUGUUUUAUGUUACAUUAUGCAGUGCUAAGUUAUGCUAGGUUGUUUUAUGCUAAGCUAAAUUAUGCUGUGUUUUAUUACUUUACAUUUCUCUAUGUCACAUUAUGGAGAUGCAGGAGAUUGUGUGUUUGCCAAUAUCAGAAUAGCACAUAUUUUCAUGGUACUGAUAUUAAUAAGUAGAAAACAUACCUUUAUUUUAUUGACUUGUUAUUAGUUUUAGAAAUAGACCAACGACAAAGGUGCUGAUUUUGGAAAUGAGCUUCUUAAACCUUUGCUUGACAAUAUCAAAACAGCAAUAAUAUCAUGAAUCCCUCUUACUCCAGGCUAUAUUAUAUGUCAUUAUAUAAUGUUACCCUUUGUUGUGUAAGGCUAUGUUUUGUGAGGAAAUGUUUUCAGACCACGUGCGCUAUGUUAUUUUGCUAACCCUAACCCUAACCCCAAUGUUGACUUACAUUACACUGUUAUGUUACUUUACUUUACUUUACACAUCUUAUUAUGCUAUAUUCUGUUUCAUUAAGAAAUAUUGUUUUGUAGUUGACUAUGUUUUUAUAGGUAUUGCUAGCACAUGCGGUAUUCUGAAACUUUAACGUUAGCAGGCUAUCUUAGCAAUUUAAAAUAUCAUCCUAUUUCUUAUUAAUAAAAUACAUCAAUCAUUAUUUACAUAUGCCUAGUUCAUGACAAAUGUUAAAUCAAGACACUUUUUAAAAAGAGCAGGUCCAGGACACUUUGAUUUUUGAUUUUGAAGUCCCAACAACAAGACGAGAUGAGACUGUUUUGUUAUGCUGUAUGCUAACUUUUGUUAUUUUCAAUUUAAAGUUAGAUGCACAGAUUUGUAGCAUUUUAACAGCAGAUAAUUGAGUACUUAGAUGUAUUAAAACGAGAUGCAUUGUGUUUGGCUCUCAUGUAAUGAGCUGUAAAGUUUAGUUUGAUUGUUUUGUGUUGCAUUAUUAUCAUUGUACUAUCUAUUGGUGAGGUCAGGUUAGGCCACUGUCAGGUUGUACAAUAAAGAGUUGUGUUGUAAUCCACAGGAUUAUAAUCGAUGAUAGGAUACUUUAGCUAAUGUGAUCACCAAUUGAAUUAGGCCUUGUUACUGCUAUUUCAAAAUAAAAUGUAGGCUACCAACAGGCUAAGAUAAUCAGCCCAGAGAGGGAGAUAAAAUGCCUUUUCUUAGCCAUGCAUCCACACACACACUCUCUAAUUACCCUACCUACAGGGCGCCAGGCUUGUCAGAGCACCACCAGGCUACUUUGCUAAUACCCAUUGUGCUGCACACUUACAUUUUAUCCUCCCAUUAGUGGAAGAGGAGGGAAACAGCUCACAUUGUGUUUGUUCUGGGAAACUGCUUGCCACCCAUCAGCUGCCCUCCCUCCCCUCUCUCUCUUUUGUUCUCAAACUCCAAUGGUAAUUGUCUCAGACUCCCAAGUCAAAUUUGUGUUCACCCUUGCGCAGUGUCCUACGGUUAUCUGCAUUGAGUGCCGAGGCUGAAAAGCUCCCCGUCUCUGCUUAUGUGUCUGGAAAGCUGUGCAACCUUUAAUGGGCUUUCACAGCAGUGUAAUUGUAAAUGUUGCAUGUUGACAUGUGCGCUAAUGGUAGUUGCGGCCUGUCUCCUGGGAGCCCUUAUGGGACAUUUUUUGGUUAGGUGGAAGAGGCUGGUUGUGCGAGAUUAAUGGGGAAGGGGGAGGUGUAACCUUUUAGCUGCUGGCUGAGGGUCAGCGGUUGUUCAUUGCAGCGCUUCUGGCAGGAGUGCAUAUCAUGUUUUAAAGGGCAACAAUCUCCUGGGGACAGCUUCAGUCACAAGCUUUAUGUAAACGGUGUACUUCUCUCUAAAUCAGGUUGACACCACAAGCUGACUGCUGACCACAGACACUGCUCGUGACAUUUUUCCUUUCUUAUUUAUCUGCCUGUGUUUGAACGCGCCACGACCUAGACCCACAAUGUUUUCAUAUGCAAUGCCAACACUCGUAUGUGUUCAGGUGCGUUGUAUGGACGUGUGCUUGGAUUUCACUGUCCUUUCGCUCUGGGCUGCAAACGUGAACUUGUGUCCCUCCCUGUGAGCGGUGGUGCACAUGUGGCUAAUCUCCUCUUACCGAGGAAAAAAAAAGAGGGAAAGUGGUCAUGCUUUGCAAUUUACCUCCAGUUAUCUUUCUCUGCACUAUUGAACCACAUCAGCUCAGUCGAAGUCACCGCCAGACUGGAGGGCUUGGAGUAAUGAUUAUUGCCAUUGUUGAUUAAUCAACCAGCUAUCUGUCAAUUUUAAAGCUAAUGGCUUGUGGAUGAAAUGUCAGCAAACGAUGAAACCAUGAAAAGUAUCGCCAUUAAACUGCGUAUUUUACUCAUGAUAUAAAAACGAGAAAGGAGCAGACUCUGUAGUAGAGGCAAGUGUUUGGCAUUUCUGCUUUCAUAAACAACUUUAAUGGUUAACAAAUGAUCAAAAUAGUUGUUUAUUGUGUAAUCAGGAAAAUGCCAGAAGACCAGUGAGUAGGCUGUUUUAUGUAAUGUGCCUACGAAUGCUCCCACAUAUCUUAUUGUCCAAUCUCUUGGAUUGAUUCCUGUAACACAUUUAAGAUCUGUGCUUGUCUUUAGUUGCGUUGUAGUUUACAACACAGGAGCCUCUAUUCGGGGAAAAAAACAACAACAAAGUAUAGCAUUUACAGGUGAUUGUAUAGAAAACAGGUGGCUUGAUGUUGUAUCUAUGUCCCAGUGUAUUGAAUGUGCUUUUAUUAUAUCAUCGUGUUCUUUCCACUUCAGACACAAUAUGUACUGUACUGUUCUAUAUGCAGUGAAUAACAGUGAUUUUUUUCUCCCCCCUCCAGGUAAUGACCUGUUCUUGGUUGCGGUGCAUGAACUAGGCCACGCUCUCGGUCUGGAACACUCUAAUGACCCGACUGCCAUCAUGGCUCCUUUCUACCAGUACAUGGACACAGAGAACUUCAAACUACCUCACGAUGACCUACAAGGCAUCCAGAAGAUCUAUGGUAACCCUUUAUGUAAUACUUCAGUCUUUUGUUUGCUUGUUUUUGUAGAGUUAAAGGGAUAUUCUGGUGUAAAAUUAAGUUAGGGUCAAACACACUGAAACACAGAGUUAGACACCCCGUUUAGAGAUGAAUGUUGCAGAAUAUUUGCUUCUCAAGUUAUACCAACUUUAGUUACGACCUCAGAUAGCAAUACAGAGCCACACACUCAACCAAAACGCCACUCUAUAGCCACAAAUAAUGCUCAGAGCAGCACCUAACUUCAUCAACAGUACAUAUAGGGUCACAGACAUAGUACUAGCCACCAAACAUCUUUUUAACUUUGCCUGAUUUCUUGUUUCACACAACUCACCCACUCUCUUCCAGCAGCCGCUUGUUUGUAAGGAGACCUCCGGGCGAGUCUAUCGACUGCAGUGGGGUGACGCAGCUCAAGAUAGAACAUUUAUGAUCAUUUCUUCAUGGAAAUACAAUCAGACCGAGACGCCAAGGCAGAAGAACUACUGUGUCUGCAGUGCAAAAUGAUUAAUAUGAUGAUUAUUACUUCAAGGAAAGGAUAAAGUCAUGGUCAUAAAUGUUCUUGCUUGAGCUGUGUCACCCCACUGCAGUCCAUGGACUCGCCUAGAGGUCUCCAUACAAACAAGCGGCUGCUGGAAGAGAGUAGGUGAGUUGUGUUUAGUCUCUUUGCUUAAGGAAUUAGGCAAAGUUAAAAAAAUGUUUGGUAGCUAGUACUAUAGCUGGGACCCUCUAUGUACUGAUGAUGAAGUUAGGUGCUGUUCUGAGCAUUAUUUGUGGCUAAAGAGUGGCUUUUUGGUAGAGCGUGUGGCUCUCCAUACUGCUAUCUGUGGUCGUUACAAAAGUUGGUAUAACUAGAGAAGCAAACGGUCGGCAACAUUCAUCUCUCGACGGGGUGUCUACCUCAGUGUUACAGUGUGUUUGACCCCAGCUUAAUUUUACGCCAGAAUAUCCCUUUAAUGUUGAACUAAAGUUUCUUUUCCAGGAAUUCUUGCAGUUUUAUGCCAGCAUUACAAACACGACACGUCUUAUUACUCAGAAACUUAGUAAUGCCACAAAAUCCUUGAAUACUUUGAAGUUACUUUGUCUUCAGUUUCGAUAACAAACGCCGAUUCAACAAUGAGUAAUGCGAGGUUUAAUGCCAAUGAACAGCAUUUGUCUUCUCAGCUGUUAGAGAGAACAGCAAACAGGUGCUUCAACGGCAAUAUGAGUCAGAUAACAGGGCUCCAAAGGGGCCAAAAUCUGUGCCAAGACUGAAGCUGCAGCGGUCAAAAAACGGUGAAGUUAUGUAACAUUUUUACUGGGCAGCGUCCCAAAUGUAGAUCAAUCUCACAAACACUGAAAGGCAGCAAAGACAAAAAGGAGCAGAUUCACCGAGAGGACCUGUAAGAAAAGUGGAUGAAAAAGGGUUUCGUUUUUUCAGGUCCACCAGAUAGAGCGCCCCAGCCUACCAGGCCCCCGCCUACGGUCCCCCCACCUCGCUUCCACCCUCCCUCAGACCCCCGUAAGCACGACCGCCACGCCAGACCCCAUCGCCCUCCUCAGGGGGCCAAGCCCUCCAACCCUAACUCCAAACCCAACAUCUGCGAUGGAGGCUUCAACACCCUGGCCAUCCUCCGACAGGAGCUCUUUGUAUUCAAGGUAGAGGGGGUCAUCAGCCUGAGCUGGUUUUUAGGCUGUUGAAACAGGAAGCAGAAAUGAUGAGUCUUCUCUUCUCUACUUCUACAGGACCAGUGGUUUUGGAGGGUACGAGACAACUCAGUAGUCCCCGGCUACCCCAUGCAGAUCAACUACUUCUGGAAAGGCUUACCUCCCAAAAUCGAUGCUGUGUAUGAGAACAGUGAAGGGAAAUUCGUAUUUUUCAAAGGUACUUAAACCAACAAUUUUCACUGUUACUGAACUUUUCUUUUCAGUGUCUUGACGAGUUUCUGACCAUCAGUGGGGCGAUAGAUGGACAGAUAUGAACAUUAAAGCUCCUGUGAGGAUUUCUCAGUUUGUGGUGAUUUUGGUGCCCCCCAGUGAACAAAAUGGACAUAGCUGACUUUAAAAUGUACAUGUUCUGUUAGUAUUUCUGGCUCUUUUGUAACAGCUAAUUUAAUCACUCAUUAGGAAUUAGAGAUGCACCAAUCCAUUUUUUUUCUGAUCCAAUCUGAUACCUGAGCUGAGUGUAUCGGCCGAUAUUCGAUGCCGAUCCAAUACUUCUGUUGAAUGAAUAAUGAAUGAAUUGUAUACCUUGCCCUGUAAGUGAAGGUAUCAGGCUUGACAUUAGCCUUGUUUAAAAAAGGUAACAAAUUAAAACAGAUAUAAAUUUACUUAAUAUUAUUUAUUAGCAAAUAGCAAAUUAGGCAUUAGCACACAGCAAAAAGAAGUAAGACUUAUUAAAAAAGACUGGAUUGGAACGCUGGAUCGGCGUCAUUCAUCCGAUAUCCGAUCCUCGCCAUGAAACAUCUGAAAAACAGCUGCUGUAAAUUUGUCCUUGCUGCUCUGUAGAAAGUCGACCUAAAGUCCAAUCUUUGUCUUUUACUUGCCAUCUACAGUGUACAACCCAAAUUACUUUCACACAGCCUAUCUCAGAUGUUUUGUUGUCAUGAUCGUAUUCUCAGUACAGCUUUGUUUGACCAUGUCCUCCAUUUUUGUAGAACAAGAUUACUAGAUUAGUUUACUGAGGUUAAGAGGGCAUGGACUGGCCGGAUUACAGUGAAACCACAGUUAUUAACGAUUUUGAAUAAAAAGUGACAGCCCCACUCUGUGCUACAAAAGUUACAAUUCAUGUUUAUUAACUUUCAUGACCCUUUCCCAGUUUAUCAAAAUCCAGAUUACACUUUAAAAAGAGGUAUUUUGGUGGUCUUGUUUACUUUUUUAAUGACUUAAAGAGAUAUAUUUAUAGCCUUAUAGAAGUGUUUCCUAACUUUGUUCCCCUUAAGCUGCUAUCACAUAUAUCUAAGAAAUUUAUUCAGAAAAAAAUCAUCAGAAAAGCAGAAUAAACUGUAUGUUAGUUCACUUAGAAUUUCCACAAAGCAUCUUUAUUUUUGUUUUAAAUAAGAUCUUAUCAUAGAUUUGAUCAUGUUAUACAUCAAAUUACAACACAAAACAUAAUGAGAAACAUCCUUUGAUUAAAUAUGUAACUUUAAUGUUGUUUUUCUUUUUGACCUUUUACAUAUUUUGUUGCGUGUUGUCGCUAUAAUCAAACAUCUCCGUGUGACUUACAGUAAUCUUUCAUCAUAUAGCACUGAUUGGUUUACUGUAAGGUUGUUUUGCGCUCUCUGCGCUGACAGAGAGGGUGCAGGUCCAGUACAGCCCUCCAUCCAUCAAGCAGAUUAACAUGACAUCUGUCACCCAGUGGGAUCAGAGUGCCUCAUGCUUUAUUUAUUCACUCAGGGGGACUUAGCUGCUUCUGUUUGUGAGUGUGUGUGUGUGUGUGUGUGUGUGUCUUGCUACUCACUGCAAGCACACACCAUAUCACAGCAGUUCUCCUCACUCUGCCUGAGGCAAUAAUGAUCAAACUGAAUUAAAUGCAACAAUUGCGUCGAUAAAAAUGAAAACAAGUCUCGGUGGAGUUGUUUUGUUUAUUGCAUUUAAGACGCAACUACAUGGAUUCGCUGCUGAGCAACAUUUUGUUAACUCAGUGAUGCAGCUUACCUUUGAAACCUCUGAGUGGAAAUUAAUAAGACUGACAAUAAUAAACAAACAGGAAGCCUGAAUGAGCAAACAUUUUGUACAUUUCAGGUCGUCUUUAUGAUAACGGAUUUUUCACACAGCCUCGUAACUUUGUGUAUUUUAGGAAACCGAUUCUGGGUCUUCAAGGACACAACUCUCCAGCCUUCGUACCCUCAGGACAUCUCGCUGUUCGGGAGCGGCAUGCCCACUCAGAGUAUCGAGACAGCCGUGUGGUGGGAGGAUGUCGCCAAAACCUACUUCUUCAAGGGAGACAGGUUGGUGUGGAGCGGUUAUGAGUGCUGUUAUGAAGUUCAGCUGUCGGGCACGACUCAGAUCGAAUGAUUGUUUUUACGAAGUACACGCUGGCUCUUGCAGAAGGUGAAAAUCAAAUAUUACCUGGAAAAAUAAGUCAAUAAAAUGAGUUUUGUGUUAAUCUUAGAAUAGUGAGGGUUAUCAUGAACAGGCUGAUGAUUAUCUCUAUGACUAUUAAAAUCAUCACAGAUGCACAAACAACAAAGACUCAAACAUGUUUUUUAAUUUCAUCAUUUGGUGCUUCAUAAAGAGCAGAAGAAUCACUGAAUUUCAGGGCUUGAAUAUCCAAGUCCAAGGGCUUCAAAUCUUUCACUUCGGCCUGCAAACGGUUUUUGUGCCGCUGAAUGUUAAACACAAACAUCACAAACAGCUUUUUAAAUCUGGGUUUGUAAUUAUGGCUCAAUUAUUUUCAUCUUUUAUUCUGUUUUUCUUUAUUGAUGCAGUUUCUCUGCUUGUGGAGCGUUUAAUGAUUUCAGAGGUUGUUUUGCUUGAGGUAUUUAAUUAUAUUUCAGGUUCCUGGAUCAAUACAUCUUCACUGUUGGCAUAGAUUAGCAAGCACCAUUAAAUCUUUGUAAGCUGCUACAUUUUGCUUCUGAAAGCUGCCUGUUUAACAACUAGUAAAUUCUCCUUUAUGGCUUACAGUCCAUAAUGACCCAAUGCUAGAGCAGAAGUUGAACUUGUGAAUAAAUUUCUUCUUUGUUUGAGCUUCGUUUCUGUAUGGAAUAACAUAUUUAUUUAUGAUUGUUGUCAGGUUUAGAAACAGGGUAGUCUUUCCAAAUGAAGAAUCUGUUGUUGAUUUAUUGUGAUGGUCUUGAAAUGUAAGUAUGGGCCGAGGUGACUCACAUGUUUGUUCAGCUGUCAUGAUACAUCAUAUUCUAAGAGGUCAAGGGACUCUGUGGUGAAAGCUGACAAAAUGCUUUGUCAUGAUACUGUCAUCCCUCAACCUGCUGUUGCACCUCAUGACAAACGGGACGUUCUGUCCAUCGUCUCAAACACGUUUUUACCGCUCUCUCCUUCUAUCUCCUUCUCUUUCUCUCUCUCUUUCUCUGAAAUGUGACAGGGUGUUUGUUCUAAUUCCAAGAAAUGACACUGUGCAGCGAGAUUAAUGUGUGAGCGCCAGGGUAUGAGAGGCAGAUCAAUCACAACAACGCCUGAACAGAUUUGUCUGGCAGAUAAACACAGUAUGGAUGAUUGAUUGGACGCUUUCUUUGGUUACGUGAAUUAAGCCACUGGGCUAUUAGCAAAAAGAUAUGAGCCAAAGAAGACUGACUAGAAACUAGGGAUGUGCUGAACUCACCACUCCCUUGUGCUUUAAACUGAUAUUUAAAUUUAGCUUAAACAUCUUGUCUAUUGGCGAGGAAACACUAAACAUUAAAAAUGUUUGUAACACGGCCGGAUCAAAAUAUUGCAAGAUACCAUCUGUGCUUGUUUAAAUCCAGGUAGUAGAGUAUCAUAGCAUUAUGACAGGGGCUAACAAUUGGAAGUUGAUAUGGCCACUCAGAUCUUUUAAAAAAAUUGAGUUUAACAUUAAAGCUGACACCAUCUUCACUUGUAGAGGUAGAGGUGAGUAUAGAGGCCAAGAAGGUAGAAUUUAGGUAGUGUUAGCAAACACUGGCAGCUAAUGCUAGCUUCAUUAACAAUAUGUACUUGUGACUUACUAGAACGUGAAGCUUUUCUAGCAUAAAGUCAAAACCUGUUAUCAGCUUAUUAUUCAGUACCAAACAGUAUAAACUUUACUUGACUGGUGUUGAGCAGUACUCGUCUGAGAUUAAUAAGAACUUCUUGCAAACGCUCAAUGGCUUUUUGUACCCAAUAAUAAAUGCAAAACAGGUAAGUGUCAUCUGUGUAAAGAUUAGCAUGACGACCUUUUAAAGAGGUAACUAUGUCAUAAAUAUAAAGAGUAAUGAGCAUGGGGCCUAGGAUCGAUCCUUGGGGACCACCUCUGUUGAUUGAUAAGAAUUCAAUUUGACACACUGAUGCCUUUUGUACAGGUCGACCUGAAUCUAGGCCUUUCCAUUUCUAUUUAACUAUGAUAUAGAUAGUUUUUAAGAGCAAGCUGUGAUCAACUGUUUAAGGUUUUAGUUAAAUCUUUUCUUUUAAAAAAUCAUGAAAUUACAAAAAAAAAAAAAAAACAUAUUGAGGAAAAACAUGUAACUGAGAGCAGUAAAGAACAGUGGCUUUAUUCAGGAUUUAUGUGAGAGAUGGAUAAUUUCUUAAAGACGUCUCUAGUAUGACUUUUUAAUAUGAUCAGUGCAGGUUAAAGACACUUUGGUGUUGGCUUCCCAUUCGCUUCUGCUUUUUUAUGCUGAUCACUCCCCUAAUGAAGUUUAAAAUAUGACUUUAUCGUCCUUAUUAAAGGAUAGGACACAGUCUUCAUUAGAGGGCCCUCUUUCAGUUAUUAAAAUUACAUGGUUACUCAAGGCAUUAGUCCUUGGACAAAUAUAUUUGUUCAUCAUAUCACGCUCUCUUCUGCAAACUCGAAAAAAAAUUGUUUUCUUUUUCAAAUCGGACUUUCUGCUGCUUUUCAGUCAGUGUGUGGGCACUCCUCUCCUGUGCAAUAGGAGUGAUAUCUUGGCUGCACAAACUGUACACCUGGCACAACUUUUUAAAAAGCUUGGAUUCAGGAGUGUGAAAUCCUUUCUCACAUGUUUGUCUUGAUGUUUUGAUUUUGUCCCUCCACCCUGGCCGCACACAUUUGGAUGCUCAUGCUGACGGGAGCAGAACAUAAAAGAAAGUAGAUGUUGUUUUCUUCGUAAGACUGACACAUGGGUCUCAAGUGAUGAUUGUGGCAUCCAUGUCCAGUUUGAUUAAUUAAACUGUCAUCACCCUGUGUGGGUUUGUGCACGCAGUCAGAAAUUUGGGAACUCUUCUUCUUGGAAUUGCUCCCUGUUUCUGCAGGUUUAUGAUGAGAGCACAGAGAUGACCAAAGUGUUUCUGUCUGUUCAUUUGCAGAUACUGGAGGUACAACGAAGACAUGAGAACCAUGGAUCCAGGUUAUCCCAAACCCAUCACCGUCUGGAAGGGCAUCCCUGACUCUCCGCAGGGCGCUUUCGUGGACAAGGCCAACGGUACGACAGCUUCAUGUAGGACCACAAUACCAGAUAAACAACACACUUGCAUUACAUAACACCUCUCUUUUAGAAACAGUCAGGUUCACUUGGAAAUAUGGCUGCAUUAAGUAAUUGUUUAGUCACAUUAGACAGAAAUGUCUUUGUCACUUGUGUUGUAAUUUGCAGUAUCGUUAUCAUUUAUCAUAUGAAGCUUAGCCAAAUGUUCAGAGUUGCUGCUACGAUCCUCUGAUCACAACUUUUUGAUGCACUGAGUCAUAAAUGAUGUAAUGUUGUGUUGGUACAGCAAGUCCUGGCAGAUAAGUACAACUUCUCUGAAGGCAAACUUCUCUCUGAGGUUUAUUCCUGAGAGAUUUAUGUUGUUACUAGGAGCUGAAAAGCAGAAAUAAAUUACCAAACCAAAACAUUUCAGACUUCUAUAUCGAAUUCCAGGUUAGAAGUUUAUCAAAGCUUAUCUGUAGCCACACAAUACUUGCAAAGUUCUUUCUGAAUGACUCAGAGUGAAUUUGUUUUCUCCUUCCUCCAGGGUUUACCUACUUCUACAAGGGAAAGGAGUACUGGAAGUUCAACAACCAGCUGCUUCGCGUGGAGCCCGGCUACCCGAGGUCCAUCCUGAGAGACUUCAUGGGCUGCGACGGUCUACCCGCUGACCCUGACUGGGACUGGAGCCCUCCGGUGGCAGAAGAGCGCCAUUACGACAACGGCGACGUGGACGUCGUCAUCAAACUGGACAGCGCGGGGGGCACGGAGAAAGCCGUGGCCAUCGCCAUCCCCUGCGUCCUGGCGCUGUGCAUGAUGGUCCUUCUCUACACUGUUUUCCAGUUCAGGAGGAAGAGCACGCAGCGCCACAUACUGUACUGCAAGCGCUCCAUGCAGGAGUGGGUGUGAGGGACUGUUACUGCUCUGUAUAAAGGGGUGUGAAGCUCUGAUAAAGGUCUAGUCAUUACUUGAAGCCCUAAGUACAGUAAUUGGAAGCACUGUUAAAGGGUGCGCAAGGAUUGCCAUGUUGGCAGAUUUGAAAACUGCUUGAAUUCGUUACGAACAAGCCGCGAGAGAGCGAAACGAUCAGCAGAACUCAAAUGAAGACACAGUGAGGGAGCCACAUCCCCUAUGUCCAACUAAUAUGUAUGUAUCUGCUUCGACUUUUUUCUGUAUCUUGGAAUGAACUCAAUUGAGUGAGACAGAGUUAAGCUACUAUAAGUGGGACCUUUGUCUGUCCUCGUCUCUGCACGCCGCUUAAAAGCCCCUAGCACUAACUUCAGUGGACAAAUUAGAUAUAGGCUUCUAUUUUAUUUUCAGUUCUUAAUGAAAUCGCUCUGAGCUGUGCUUUUCUUUUAAUUUAGGGUCCCUGUAAAAGAUUAUUUAUUGUGUGGAGGACUGAUACACAAACCAAAUAUGACCUUUUCUUCCAAAGAGGAUUACCGCUCGAUGUUGUUUUUGAUGGGAUAAUUUUCCUCCAUGGAUCGAAAUAUUGUGGCAUCAUAACUCUGGUUUUUCUUUCCCGCCAUCAGUACUCACACCCACCCCGUCUGCUCUGUUAUCUGUGGGGAUAGGAAGCAGCCGUUAGGAAGAGCUAGGAACUCCAGACUGUGGUGGCGGUCUAUCUCCAAAACAGGGGCCAAAAACCUCUCUGCAAUAUUUAUGAGACUGCCUUAAUCACGGAUUGCUUAAACUCCCUUCUCUUUCUCUCUGUUCCUCUGGUCUGGAUGCUGGAAGCUGAAGGGGGGCGGACACAGUAGGAAUACAAACAAGCAUUAAUUUCUACCCAUAAUGCAAUUUCAAAACCAGUAAUUAAGGACAGUUUGAUCCACAAAGGGUUCAUUGCUCUUGAAAGCGUGCUAAGCAGUGCUAAAUACCUGACGGCGAGAAGGCUUUUGGCUUUCAUUCGCUGCCUCACCAGAGUGUGUGUGAGAGAAAGAGAAGGUUAGAUGUGUGUGUGGAAGAGACAGUAAUUACCCACACUAUAUACGUACUGUAUCAUACUGUAGUGUCUGCUUCAAACAUCAUGUUUCCCCCUUUUUCCUGCCAUCUUUGGACCUCAAUACUCCAAGCUGUGUCAUUCCAUACAUUUUUUACAUCUGAACUAAUCCACGAUUUCUUUUUGAUUUCAACUUUUAUACAAGGUUUGUAAGUUUACAUGAUGUUUCUCAUCGAACUGGACAUGAUGAAGAGGAAGAAGAAGGAGGAAGAGGAGAGAAAAUGGACAGGAGGUAAAAAUGAGCCCCUGCUUUUUGAACGAGACAUAUGACAUUUCUCAUCAUCUCUCUGCAUAUCUACCCGACAUCAGCAGCCAUUACUUUUGCCCAGGAUGCUCCAUCUUCUCAUAAAGUUACUGCGAAACGCCUUUGAGGACAUGCACAAGAAGAAAAACUCACAAAGAAAUCCACCAAAAUAAAAGAAGCAAAUUAGAAACUGGGAAAUAUGUUAAAGAAAAACUAUACUAAUGUAACAUUAACAAAUUACUAACAAAGUCUUUUGUAAAACAAGUCUAACAAUAUUUGAAUUAACAGGCACAUCAACCAAACCAGCUAAAUUAAGUCGAAUAUUUACCGAGUGUAUCACGAUCUAUGAUGUAUCAAAUAUUUAUUCAUGAAUCAUGAAGUAUGAAGACAUGAAAGUGACGUUAAAACGGCAGAAUCUCUACGGUGAGAGGUGGGGCUGAGCUGUGCAGGAGUUUCCUUCUGUCCUGUGUGUUGUUGUUUUCCAAAAAUUCAACACACAGCCUGGAUUCAAGUGAAAUAUAAUGUCUCUCAAUUGCCUUUGAUUGCUGCCAUAUAUGUGACCAUGUGGUUGUGUGGUGUAGCGUUUCUAAGAGUUUGCCAGAUGACCAGUCUGUGAGUAUUCAUGACGUGAUUUUUUUUAUAUUCGUGCUCUCUGAUUUUGUUACUCUUUUACUAGAAACGGUCAUCGACAUUUACUGUACAGGAUAUCUGCGUAUCUUCCAUUGAUAUCAAGGCAAUGCCAUUUUUAUAACAUACCACAGGUGGGAUAUUGAAGUUGAAAAUGUACCUUUCAAAAGGGAGAAUCUCGUAAAGGUGUUGUUGAAUCUGUCAUGUAAGGGAUGAUAACUUUGAAUCUUCAUGAAGGCGAUGCAUGCCGUUGUUAAACUAAGAUGUCAUUCUGUCAGCGGUGGAUCAUUCAGACGCUCAUGUUCAAUUCAGUCUUUUCCAUUUCUGGUUUAAUAAAGGUUACAAGUUUCUGUUGGAUACAUAAACACACCCAAGCUGUCCAGAAGAGAUGGCUGUCCAUGACGUGAAAUGACUAUCUUCCCGUCUGUCCUCCCUGUCUCAAUCUACAGGCGACAGUCAGAGCGGUGAAAAGAAAAAUGUACACAUUUUACAGAGAGAGGAACAUCUUUGCUUUCUUGGAGUGACGCAGAAUUGCUGUGUGCACCAGUCCAUGCUGAUUCAUGACCACUGUAAUUUAUGGAGGAAGCAACAACCUGUGGCUCAGUGUUGUGUGUGAUGUCUUAUCAGUUUGUGUGUUUGUGGUGAGGGUCUGACGGCUCCAGAGAGUGUGAAUUAAAGACGACCAGUGAGGCGAGUCGGUACUAUAUUUAUUGCCGUAUUUAUUCCUCUGUGCUCAGCACCUCAAAUCUUGCAUUGCAUUGUACUGAGGGCGAGAACCUGUCAAUAAAGUGGGUUUGAAAUGCUGUCUUUCUCCUAAAGUAA